UCUAUAAAGUGCUUCGGUGUUCCUCUCUUUUAGGGCAAACCCUCGCAUCUUUCGCCGCCCCCUCGCGCUAAAACCCUAGGAGGAAGAGGAGCAAAGAUGGCGGUCGGGAAGAACAAGAGGAUAUCCAAGGGAAAGAAGGGAGGGAAGAAGAAGGCGGUUGAUCCCUUCGCUAAGAAGGACUGGUACGACAUCAAAGCGCCGUCGGUCUUCAACGUGAGGAACGUCGGCAAGACACUUGUCUCGAGGACGCAGGGCACUAAGAUUGCUUCUGAGGGUCUUAAACACAGAGUCUUUGAAGUUUCUUUAGCUGACCUUCAGAACGAUGAGGAUCAAGCUCACAGGAAGAUCCGGCUUCGUGCAGAGGAUGUGCAAGGAAAGAAUGUCCUAACUAACUUCUGGGGCAUGGACCUCACAACUGACAAGGUCAGAUACUUAGUUCGGAAGUGGCAGACACUGAUUGAAGCACAUGUUGAUGUGAAGACUACUGACAAUUACACUUUGCGCUUGUUCUGUUUCGGCUUCACCAAGAGACGUCCAAAUCAGGUCAAGCGCACCUGUUAUGCUCAGUCUAGUCAGAUCAGACAGAUACGCCGCAAGAUGAGAGAAAUUAUGGUUAAUCAAGCUUCCUCAUGCGAUCUGAAGGAUUUGGUACUGAAAUUCAUACCCGAGGUCAUUGGAAAGGAGAUUGAGAAAGCAACGGCCAGCAUUUUCCCAUUGCAGAAUGUGUUUAUUCGCAAAGUCAAAAUCCUGAAGGCUCCUAAGUUUGAUUUAGGGAAACUCAUGGAGGUUCAUGGUGACUACAAGGAGGAUGUGGGUGUCAAAAUGGAGAGACCUGCAGAAGAUGUCCAGAUGGAAGGUGAAGCAGAAGUUGUUGGAGCCUAAACCUACGUUUGCUUUGAUAUUUUCUUUUGUCGAGAUAGCAAUCAUUUCUUUAGCAGAUUUUGUGCGGGAUGCAGUCUAGACUAUUGUUUUCCUCAUUUUUAUUUCGAGUAAUUGUCUUCAACUUUUAAGGUGAUGCUUAUCAGAUGUUUUUUAAGUUUACUUGUUCCGUGUUGAUUUCUUAA